GAUUUAACAUUCAAAGCCCACACAGCAGUACUGAAAAUUUUCGACACAAAAUAAUUCCUAAAACAAAAUAAGCAAAAAAAACAGAGCAACUGCGGUGUAAAAAAUAUUUCCAUUCCAUCUAUUUGGGCUAGUAAAAUUCAUUGCCUUCAAUCGACCCCAGGCGGCCAUAAAAAAGUAGUCUCGUUCCAUUUAGCGACAAUGGCUAAUGUCGCACAGAACGCGACUUCAUCCGUGGAGGUCAAGGAGGAAGUAGCUGCCAAUGCGUUGGGUGCCAUUAAAGAUGCGGGCAAGGGUGCUUCAUCAUCUAUACUUAAGUCCAGUCGUAUUCCUGUGCCCAGAGCCAGCUAUAGCUUUAGCUAUUCGAAGCCACGCCAGUAUAAGAGGACAUCCUUGAAUAAGGAGGCUCCGGCCGGGAACUGUAGCAAGGAAAGCAUUGGACCCAGUCCCGGCCCACCGACCGACGAUUCCGGCAUUGGAAUAGACAACUCAAUGGAGGACAGUGUGCCCUCGUUGGUUGGCUCGUCGAGUGGUCUGGCCGGGAUUGGCCAAGCGGAGUCCCUGAGAGCUCUCCAGAAUGCUGUGGCCGAGAUGGAGGCGGAUCUAAGCAUCUUCGACAGUGAUGGGGAUACCACCAUCAAUACCAGUGAUGAUGCCGAGUUGACUUUCACGGAACUCGAGAAGGAGGUGGAGACCGCUGUAAUAGAAAAGGUGCACCAACUGCUUCCAGAGUCAUUGUCGCCGCUACAAGAAUUGCUCGUGGCACCCGUGGGGCAAAUGGUUCAGGAAAAUCUAAAAGAACUCCAAGAGGAACCCCAGAACUCGCACAAUCAAAAGGUGGAAGCUAUGAAGGUAAAGGUGUACGGACAGCUCCAAGAACUGGCCAUUGGAUCAUCGGAAGAGCAGGAACCAAAAAAGCUCCAAGCCGCAACUAAUCCAGUCUCCGAAACUGAGGAUCAACGUUAUGUGAGAGAGAAUUUUGAAAAAAUAUCAAGUAUCUUAAUUCCUACAUCUCCCAAGAAGAUAAUGGAAGAACAGACCACGGCACAGCAAUCUCAUCAAAAUGAAGAUGGUGAACAGACCACGUCUAAGCCAUUGGAAGGCAAUAUAGAGGAGCUACAGGAACCAGAAUCUACCGAAAGGCCAGCUGAAGAACUGCAAGAAAAGACAGCAGUCGAUAUGCAUCCAUCAAUAUCAGUGCCAGUCGAAGAAACAUCGGAAAAGCAGGAGCCGAAAGAGCUCAAAACCGAAACAAGUCCAGUCUCAGAAACUGAAGAUCAACGAUAUGUGAGGGAGAAUAUUGAACAAAUCGCAAGUGUCCUACUUUCGUCUACUUCUCCCAAGAAGACAAUGCAAGAACAGGCCACGGCAAAGCAAUCUGAUCAAAAUGAAGAUGGUCUGCAGCCCACGUCUAAGCCAAAAGACAAAGUGGUGGACAAAGUGGUGGACAAAGUGCCAUCAUUGAUGUCAAUGCCAGUCAAAGAGAAGCUACAGGAACCACAGGAGCUGGAAUCCACCGAAAAGCCAGUGGAAGAACUGCCAGAAGAGAUAGUAGAGCCAGUCGAAGAACUGGCCAUUGAAGCACCGGAAGACCAGCUUAAAACUGAAACGAAUCCAGUCUCAGAAACUGACGAUGAACGAUUUUUAAGAGAAAAUUUUGAAAGAAUCGAAAGAAUCCUACGUUCUACUCCUCUUACUUUGACAAUGAAAGAACAGACCAUGGAACAGCAAUCUCAUCAAAAUGAAGAUGGUCUACAGUCCACGUCUAAGCCAUUGGAAGAUAUAGAAGACAAAGUGCUACCUUCGAUGUCGGUGCCACUCAAAGAGAAGCUACAGGAGCCACAGGAGCUGGAAUCCACCGAAAAGCCAGUUGAAGAUAUAAUGACAGAGGAGCUGCCGGAAAAGAUAGCGGUCGAUGUGCUAGAGGAGCCACAUGACCAGACUCUAGCAGUAUCUGUACAGUCAGUGGAACAGAAGCAACAUGAGGAGAUUCUACAAUACCUACCUACCUACAAUACAGUGGAAAAUAUUAUAGAGGCACCACAAAAAGAGCAGGACAAGUCAGUAGAGGACACAAUGCCACAGGAGCUGCCAGAAGAGAUAGCGGUCGAGGUGGUGCCAUCGAUAUCCGGAGCAAUAGGGGAAAUUCAAGAGAAGCAACAAGAGGACCAGGAUCUAACCGUCACGUUGCAGGUAGCAGAAGAAGCAGAAGAGCUUGCACUCGCGUCGGAGACCGCGGAAGCCAACCAGGAACCUCUGGCGGAGGAGGGGCAGUCUGCUCUGCCUCCUACAAAUGUUCUUUCUACAGCAGAAGAGGAGAUGCAUGAAGCGCCACUUGAGGAUUCACAGGCGACGUUGGUGGAAGAUACCAAAGAGCUGGAACAGAAUCAGCCCAACCACGCCCAACUGCAGUUCAAUGCGAAUGCAGUGGAAGGAUCUCCUCGGGCAGAACUAGAACAGGAGAAAAUUGAAGUUCUACCAAGUACUUCCACGUCUAGAUCAGGGCUGCUUGAAGAUUUCAUGCAGACGCUGGAUGAUGAGAAAAAUGGCGAGCAAAUCAAGAAGCUAGUAGAAGAGAUCAUGAAGCUGCAAAACGAGCAACCCGACGAGACACUACCCAACACGAUCCACCAAGAAAAAGAGAUCCCAGACAACCAGGAAGAACAGCAAGACAAGGAUGAGGAUCUACUAUCUACUACGUUCCAUGAGAUGGAAACUGGGAGUCGUAGCCACAGCCCCUUGUUGGGGAUGGCUGGGCUUAGAGCUUUGGAAGGAUAUAUGGAGCACGGUAUACUGCGCCAUCUGAUGCCCAGAGAUGUAAGCCCAGACGAAGUAGUUCCGGUUGAGCAGGAGGAUGAUACCCACCGCAGCGCCUUGGAGAUGGAGGAAGCACCGGCUGAACAGGUGGAAAAUGUCGUGGAUGAGGAGACGAACCAGCCAUUCAGCAAGACGUUGAAUCGCUUUCGCCAGCUCCUGAUUCAGCUGCGGGCUUACACGAAUCCGAUGGACUGUAUACCACUUGCGCUGGUCGGCACGGCAUUUUUGUUGAUCUAUUUCCGCAAGUUUUAGGCGCACAAUAAUUGAAAAUGAAAAAAGACAAUAAUCCAAAAAGUGCAAAUACAAUAUUCCCAGAUCGAGCGUUACAAAAUCGCACAACGCAUUGUUGUUGAGUUGCUAAAUUAAAUUACAUUUCAAAAUAAAUAUUCAUUCAAAUACAACCCAUUGCAA